CUCGAUCAAUGGUGUUUCCGAUUAAUCGGUCGAGGUGACCUGCCGGGCCAACGAGCUACGCUGUCGACAACCGCACCGAUUGGACGAGCAAAGACGUUCCUCAUGCCAUUCUUUAAUCCCCUUACUUAUCCGGUCAAUCUCAGGGUCCUUCUGAAGCCUCUAGAAAUCGCUCCCUCGGCGACUUUGGACGAGAACACAGAUGCCGACACCUCACAGGACCACCCCAAACAAGACGGUCGGCCCCGGUUUGAGGCCUUCCGGCUGUUGAUGAAUCAGGCGAGGUAUGUUCUUACGCGGGUCUGA